GGUCUUUGCAGUUACUACCGAUAGGGCUAAUCGAGAAUGCAGAGGUUCCGUCCUAUCUCAGCUGCCUUCCUCCGCCUCGCUGUAGAAGUACAGAUGAAGAUCAACCACUACCUACACCUUUACAACCAUCGCUAUCAACAGAAACAAGUUCAGAACAGCUCCUGCGCCUAGGUGAGGACGUUAGCGGGUUCUCAACUCCCAAUCAGCCGGAGCAGAUGGUACUUUAUGAUCCUAAGCACUGUUUGAAGUAUGAACGGAAACGAUCUGGUCCAUUUGAGGGAAUGCUUGUAAGUGAUGGGAACUCCAUCAAAAUAGGCGGUGAGGAAUUCGUCGAGUACCACGUCCUAGCUAAGUUGGAAAUCGUUUGGGACUAAAAACAUCCUACGGCUCCCGGGUCAAAUGGUUGGGUCGCCUGGAAGAUUGGUAGUGGC